AUGAAUUCCGUAAUAAAAGGAUGGUUUUCUGAAGUGUCGUCAGAUUUUCCAGGUCAGGCUUUCAGCCUUCAGGUCAAUGAAGUUUUGUUUGAAGGCAAAUCCGAGUUUCAAGAAAUUCUUAUCUUUGAAAGCACUACAUUCGGACGCGUCUUGGUACUUGAUGGCCGUAUCCAACUUACCGAGAGGGAUGAGGCUUUUUAUCAGGAAAUGAUUGCUCACAUCCCCCUGUGUGCGCAUCCGAUGCCGCGCCGCGUCCUUAUCAUUGGUGGCGGUGAUGGUGGUGUAGCGAGGGAGGUCGUCCGACACCAGUGUGUGGAACACGUUGACCUUGUAGAGAUCGAUAAUAUGGUGCUCAAUCUUUCCCGCAAGUAUCUCCCCUUUACUGCGUCGGGCCUGGACCACCCGAAGGUCUCCGUUCAUGUUGCUGACGGUUUUGCUUUUCUAAAGGAACAUGCAAUCAAUGGGGAGAAGUAUGAUGUUAUUAUUACAGAUUCCACUGAUCCUGGUGGUCCUUCCACUCCACUCUUCAACAAGGAAUACUUCCAGCUAUUGAAUCAAACACUUAACGAUGAUGGGAUUAUUUGCAAUCAGGGUGAAUCCCUGUUCCUGGAUUUGCCCAUUAUUCGGACGAUGGUGGGAUUUUGCAAGAGUGUAUUCCCGAACGUAGGAUAUGCUUACAACAUCAUUCCAACCUACACUUCUGGUCACCUUGGCUAUAUUAUCGCAUGCAAGAAUGAGGUAAGCACUAUUGUCACUAAUAUAUGCGAGGCGUCUCGCGAACCGCCAACCGACUGCAAAUUCUACACCAAGGCAGUCCAUAAAGCUGCUUUUGCAUUACCCAAGUGCUAUGAAGACGUGAGUUUUUUACUCGACAUUACCAUUUACCAGUUACUUUGUUUUUUAUUUGUUUACCAAUUUCGUUGA